AUUUUCAGCUGCCUUCCAGAUGGCAUCUGCUGAAAAUAGUACUCCUGUAUCUAUGAGGAUGACUAGAAGAAGGAGUAAAGCAACUUGUAGGCCAGAGGUGAUUCAUGAAUCUAAACUUGAAGAGCUGGAACAUACAGAAACAAAAUCAGAUGUCAGCGAUACCUUAGAGACGCAAAUGACUAGAAGUCAGAACAAAACUGUUGCAAAAUCAGUUGCUGAACCACAAGCUGAUGGGGAUGUGUCAGAAGCAGAAUCAAACUGCUCCUCUGUGUCUGGUCUUCAGACACCGUUGUUUAUAAGGGUAACAAGAAGACGACAAAUAGUAGUUCCAUAUCAGCCAGAUUCUCCUGCCAAAAAAAGGCAUGACAAGACAGCUUUUCUAAAUGAGUUAAGCAGGACUCAAGAUGAAGAUGAUGUCUCUGAAGCUGAGUCUUGUUCUUCUGCUGUUUCUGGUGUCCAGAUGCCUAAUGUUACCAGAACUACAAGAAGCAGACAAAGCAAAAAGAAAGUGCGUUCAGAUCCAAUUUGUGAAGCCCAGGGCGAAGAUGUUUCUGAUGCGGAGUCAUGCCGUUUUCUUACGGAACCAUCUGUCACUACCAAACGAAUUACGAGGAGCAUGCGAAUGAAAUCACAAGCAGAAAAUAUUGAGCAGACUGAAAAAGUAAACAAAACUGUUUCAGAAGAUCAGAAUUUAAUUGAAGGUACAGUUAAAUGUGAGCCAAUAACAAUUUCUGAUUCUAGACCUGCUGCAAAAUGUGUCUCUGACACAGAAGACAUUUCCUCUCUCACUCAGGAUAAUAAAGAACCUAGUUCACUUGAGAGCAAACACUCUUCCAGAUGUGCCAGUACAAGCCUGAGUGAAGAUGGGGAAAAAGAUUUUUUGAAUGAUACGACACACAGCAGUCUUGAAAAAGUAACACAGAGAAGUAUCACUGAAUCGCCUAGAAAAAAAGCAAUAGAAGAGAUACAGACUCUUGGGGUAGAUGACUCUAAGGACGAAUGUGGUCAGAUACAAGAAGAGCACAGUGCAGUGUUUAUGGAUGGGGGAAAAUUAAAAAGCGUGGAUCUUGCUUUGGCUGACUGCAUGAGUCUCAAACAAUCCUUAGAAUCCCAAAGGCAAAUAACACCAAUUAAAAGUAAAAAAAUUCCAGAGCAGGAAAGAGCAGAUGCUGAGGCAGCUGCACAGGGUUCUUUAAGCCAUGCUGAUGAAUUAACCACGCGUAAGCAAUCUAGUGUAGUGAGCAGCCCACAGAAGGACAUACCUAUUGUACAAAUGACCGAUAGCACUGUUGGUGAAUCCAGAAUGCUUGAAUUCAGCGUAGACAGUGAUGAAGACCAAACAGGACAACAUACUGAACCUGUAUCCCAUGGCAGCAAAAGAAUAAACAGGCAAAAGGAUUCUCUUGCGUUGUUCCUGAACAAAGAUGAAAGCGAUGAAUCUGAAAAUAGCGAUGUAGCAGACACAUGUAUAGUGGAAGAGGAUCUGAGUUGCGUAGAGGCAGAUGAGAGGACCCCUUCCCUGAAGAAAUCUUUAGAAGACAAUUCACUGCAUGCUGAAAGGCUUUUUGUAAUCGAUACUGAGCCAGGCAUGGGUUCUAGCCAAAAAUAUUAUCUAGAUUCGGUAGACCUAGUUAGUGAUGCUGGAAGUAAGCCUGGAGGAAACGAAAAAGUUGAAGAAUCCUCAGAUCUGGAAGAGGCUGAAGAGGAACUGAUAGAUGAAGAUGAGAAAGAUGAGGAAGAAGAAUUGUUGAAAAAUAAGAUUGAUGUUUUACAUCUGUCCAGCAGCAUAGAUCCCGGUUUGAAUAUCAAGAAGCUUGGAGGUUUAUAUAUUAGCUUUGAUGCAAAAAACCAAAAACCUAACUCAAGUAUAAUUAAACGACUGAAGGAAAAAAAGAAGGAUGAGCUCUUGCAGAAGAGUAUAAUAACUCCAGAUUUUGAAAAAAAGGAAUGUGUUCCACCCUUUAGGGAGUCCCUUCACCAGCUGAAGAAACAGCGCAAGGCGGAGCGAGAGAAAACAACUGGUAAUGCUUGGUUUGGUAUGAAAGCCCCAGAAAUCACAAGUGAACUGAAAAAUGAUCUCAAGGUUUUGAAGAUGAGAGCUUCAUUGGACCCUAAGCAUUUUUAUAAAAAGAAUGACAGAGAAGGUCUACCGAAAUACUUCCAGAUUGGAACUGUGGUUGAUUCUCCCAUAGACUUUUACAACAGUCGAAUCCCUAAGAAACAAAGGAAGAGAACAAUUGUUGAGGAGCUGCUUGCAGAUUCUGAGUUCAGAAGAUAUAAUAAAAGGAAGUAUCAGGAGAUCAUGAGUGAAAAAGCAGCUUUUGCAGCAGGGAAGAAGAAUCGGAAGAAGAAGAAGUUUCACAAUUAAGACUUGAAGAAAAGUAACAAGCUGGAACAACUUACUUGUUAUAAACUAUUUUACCGAAUGCUUGCUGGUGUUUUUGGGUUUUUUUUUUGUUUGUUUUUUUAAGAUUGACGAUUGUGUAAUUUGAGGUUUGGGGGAAAUAUUUGCAGUGGGAUUUUGGUAGGGGUCUUUAUCAAAUUAUCAGGUAUCUAAAAGUGGGUUUAUAUGAAAUGCUGAUUUAAAUGUUAAUUUAAAGAGAUGAUGACUUGAAGGUGUAUUGUUAAAUCUGAGCACUAAAUCCGACUUCAUGGAUUAUGGUCUGUUAAGUCUUCAGUCUAAUUUCAUUUGGUCAGUCAUGAAUGAAUUGGAAAGUUCAAUUUGUUGAAGUAGAUGUGUACUUCACCUUGGGACUUGCUAUGUACUAGAGCAAGUUUUCUCCGUGUCUUACCAGAGGUGUUGCUGGCCAAUUCUGUGGCAAAAGGUAGCGAGGAAUAGUUUGGUUGUGAAGUAUUUAUUUCAACAGUGAACAUUAUGUGGUUCAGAAUGCCUUGGGAUUCUGUAGGUGCACAUAUUUUUAUACACGCGUACACAUAUGCACGCACACACACUUUUUAACAUCCACUUCUUUGUUGCUCUUCGUUACUUUUUGCCAUUAGAUAAUGGUCUAAUGUUUUUUGCAAAAAUAACUUGUCAGUUGGGUCCAUUUUCUAGGGUAAUUUGCAGACUGUGGUCUGGUAGCUGACUUUGGAAUUGUUCUUCAGGAAAAUUAAUAGAGUGGGUUUGGAAAGCCUUUGCUACCUUUGAAGAACUAGAGAUCAGGUAUCAGUUCUGUCUUUCUCCAGGGCCAGUUUAUAUAUAGCCUUUUGUUCUUGUGUAAAGUUUUGUGUGGUUUGUUUUUUGUUUUUUGGGUUUUUUUAAUGACCUGGUUAUUGUUAAGCUGCUGUUACUGUUAGCAUAACUCAGUUAUUGCCUUUAAGAAGCAGAAAAGACAGAUAAUAGCAGAGGUAAACUGUCACUACAUUGGCUUAGACGGAUUGGGUGAAUGAAUAUCAGAAGACUAGGGAUGCUGAUUUAUUUUUGUAUGAUGAGAACACAGAAUUUUAAAGUUUGCAAAUUUAAAACAAGAAGUAUGUUCCUGACCAAUGUUUAACCAUCAAAUUUUCUACAACUGAGAAGGAAAAAUAGCUAGUUUUUUUAACGAUUAGAUAUUUGUUUUUGAGAUGGCUGAAAUGAAACGAGUGCCAUGGUAUACAUCACCAACUGAAGUUCAAAAGAAUUUUUUCCGUAGACCUUUGACGCUCCUUUCCAUUCUUCGAAGUCGUCCAUCGUUCACUACCAGAAACAGACAGGAAUCUAGAUUCCUUAAAAAGUGUUGGCUGCCUGGAGAUAAGUGCUGCAAAAAGUAAAGUGAAUUCAUUAGGAAGUAUCAAACACGUAUAAGUAGAAGAAUCGGUCCCCAUGCCUCGGCUAACAUGUAGCUGCUAUUCUAAUACAAUUAAAUGUAUGCUAAUAUUGCAUGAUAAAAAAGCCAAUAAAAACAACUAUGGUGUCUUGUUCUCUGAAUGAGUCGUGGAA